UAUUUUUUUGAGGGGGAUAAAAUUGAAGUUUGAUAUGUAUGCCAAUUGCCAAACCAAACAGCCCCUCCAGGGAGUGAACUUCGUUAACUCUCUUUCAAGAGCCAAAACUCGCAAUUAAAACCUUGAAUCGAAUCAACAAACAAAAACUCACAAUUCAAACCCUAAUUUGAAUCCACAGAAGAAGCGACAGCAGAUUAUUGACUUGGAAAGUAACUAAAAGAUGGCUGGUGGUAAGUCUAAUGGAGGAAAGGCCCCAGGGAAACAUCAACAUGCAGCUAAGGUUGCACCAAUCACCGGAAGAACGAAGAAGUCUCGCAGACGCGACUGUCCUGGCAGUGUUGUUCCUCGAGUGUGUGAAAUAAUGGAGCACCCUAUAAACGUAACUUGCCGAUCGAGACCCAACUGUAUUAAGGACUACACAAGCCAAUUGGAUGGUACAUAUCUUAAAAUGUUCGAAGACAGUUGCUUUGGGCAUCUUAUGCACUUACCAAGUGUUUCGUUUUGUUUGAAUCUCGUCCAUAAUGUAUUGUUGAGGAGAAAAGAUACUUCAAAAGAGGACGACGUGGAGGAGGCUAUGUCCUUUAUUAUUGGCAAUCAAGAGAUAUGUUUUGGAGAAAGAGAGUUCGCAAUGAUGUCGGGGUUAAACUUUUAGGGGACUGAAAAAAUAGACAUGAACCAUAACAAGAUACCUCUCAUGGAAGCCCAUUUUCCAGGUCAGAAAAAUGUUAAGUUGUCAGACAUGAUAGAGAAAUUCAAACAACUGCCAAACAGUGAGGACAAACUAAAGCUAGGCUUGCUCUGCAUCGCUGAAAAUGUAAUUAUGGGCAUUGGGUUAGAUGUCAACGUAAAUAAGCGUCGUUUCUUCCUAGUUAACAACCUCAAGGAGUUCAACAACUACCCUUGGGGAAAGCUGUCAUACAGAGUGACAAGACGUUCUCUCAUCAAUGCGUCAAAUAAAACAGAUGUUUCCAAAGUGGAAAAAAUACUUGGCGCAUUGGUUUAUAAUUUGUAUGGAUUCCCACAUGUUUUUCAGGCUUGGAUUUUCCAAACUAUACCGAUUUUAACAGAGAAGUAUGCCGUCAAAAACAAAGAUCGCCCUCAGGCCCUUCACCCACGUAUCUUGCAGUUCAAAGUGACUAGAGCUCGUGGACCAUUGCAUAAACAAAUCCUGAAAGAAUUGAGCUGUGUAGAGGGGAGGAAUUCUCUCUUGCCAUGCUAUUCUAAUUCAAGUAAUCUGACACCUGACCUCUUUAACCUUUCGUUUCCUUUUUCUUGUAGAUUAAGGUUUUGUCACCUUUACACCCUACAAAAGAAGAACUAAAAGAAGGCUACAUGGCUGGAUUUUUAAGUGAUGAGGACGUUUCAGGAGCCACAGGACAUGAAAAUGAUCCAAGCAUCCAAGAGCUUGAUAACGAAGACGAAACUACCGAAGAAUGGGAAGCGAAUUAUUAUUCUAACCCCACGAAUUCCUUGGAGGAUGCCUCUGCCGUCAAGGACAAAGGACUAUCAAGUGAUAGGGAGGUUUCAGGAGCCAAAGAGCAUCAAAAUGAUUCAUGCAUCCAAGAGCUUAAUGGCGAAGAUGAAGCUACCAAAGAAAGGGAAGCAACUUCUUGCUCCAACUCCUCUAAUUCCUUGAGGAUUGGGAAGCAAAAUUGCACCAAAGAAGUUAUAACUUUAGCAGGUGGUGAGGAUCAAGAUGUUGAGUGUCUUGACGAUUUGAAGUUCAAACUCAGAAGGGAGAUUGAUAAACUUAACAAAGAAAGGGAGGAAUUGGGGAUUGAUCGUUAUAAGCUUUUGGAAGAAAACGCUAUACUUAAUUUCAAGAAGUUAAAACUUGGAAGAGAUACCGAGUUACUCAACGAGGAGAAGACGAAACUGCGAAGUGAUGUUGAACUGCUAAUCAAAGAAAAGUCUAUUGUCCAAGGUGAGAUUUGUUUGCUCAAUGAAAAGAAGAUUAUUCUGGAAAGUGAAAUUGAAUUAUUUGGUAAUGAGAAGACUAACUUGGGCAAUGAGACUGAGUUGCUCAACAAGGAGAAGACAAAACUGCAAAGUGAUCUUGAAUUUCUCAACAGAGAAAAGUCUGCACUACAAGGUGAUAUUUGUUCGCUCAAUGGAAAGAAGACUACACUACAAGAUGAUAUUUGUUCGCUCAAUGAAAAGAAAACUACGGUACAAGAUGAUAUUUAUUCGCUCAAUGAAACGAAAGCUACGGUACAAGAUGAUAUUUGUUCACUCAAUGAAAAGAAGUUUAUUGUGCAAGGUGAUGUUUGUUGGCUCAAUGAAAAGAAGAUUACAGUACGGGAUGAUAUUUGUUCUAUUACUGAAAAGAAGACUACAAUACAAGGUGAUAUUCGUUCACUCAGUGAAAAGAAGACUACUCUGGAAAGUGAAAUUGAAUGGCUUAGCAGUCAGAAGACUAAUUUGGGAAAUUAUAAUGAGUUGCUUAACAAGGAGAAGACGAGAUUGCAGACUGAAACUGAGAUUCUCAUUAAGGAGAGAACAGAACUUCAAAGUGAUUUAGAAUUUCUCAACCAAGAGAAAACUGAAUUGGGAACGAAUGUUAAGUUCCUCCAAGAUGAGAAGAAUAAACUGCAAUCUGACAUUGAAUUUCACAAUGGAGAGAAGGCUGAAUUUAUACGUUCCGUGACGGCUGAUCUUAGUAAGUCCUUUUAUGAACGUGAGAAAACAUUGGCUGAGAAUGAAAAAAUGUUCAUAGAACUUAAAGAGAUGAACCAAACAUUGGUUGCUGAGGAAAAGUUUUACACUGAAGAGCUUCAGGAAGCUCGCCAAGUACUUAUCAAGGAUAUGGAGUCAGAAAAGGCAACCACAAAUACGGUGAUUGGAGUAGAAAAGAGAAAGAGAAGAGAUCCAGAGCUGUGGAAUUUCAGAAAGAACAAGAGAGCCACGCUGAAAGAAGUGAUUUGUUUUCAAUUGAACCGUACAGAUAAGUAAAAGAGACCAACUUCUACAUGAGCCUUGUGUAAGAACGUGGUAAUGUCCAGUUUUUGGAGUACACUAGUGGGAGGAUGCUAACAUAAUAUCUAGUUGUAAACGUGUGUGAAAGAAUUAGGUGACAGGAAAAUGGAAGAUAUGAAAUGAUAUAAUGUAGAUGUUACGGGUCUGCUCAUGAUGUGAAGCUGAAUUUCAAACUUGUAAAUGUUUAGAAUAUGAAAUGUAAAACUGCUUCCAAGUUAGCCUUUUUAAGAAAAUGCUUUAUCCUCUCCUAUGUUGGGGGUGUGCUUAUUCA